GACAACUGCUGACCUUAUUUUUCCCUCCGAGAAAGAAAGAAAGAUCGGCGUGCCUUAAAUUCGCGGCUUCCUGUCUCAUCCGCCCUUCCAAGUUCCAAUUUAGUUACAUAAGCACCGACCUUGGAUCGUUGAUAAAUAUCCUUUUUAGGCCGCGUUCCCGGUUUUAUUUCCGUUUUCUGUCCUGUUCUGCUGCACUUUUCGUGUUGAAUUUGGUAGUCUUGGAGGUAUGGCGGUAAAACCAACUGUUGCAUUGAGGGCGAUACUUGUAGGAGGCGUAGCAGCUUUUGCAAAAAUAGCUGGGGCAAUGAAGGCUGCAGGGGGAGCUAAGAUGGGUGCAGCCGCGGCUGCCAUGACUGCCGCAGCAACUACAGCUAUGGCAGGAUCAAAACAGGACCAGAAAGAUGCUUCUCAAAGCACUGCCAAAUGAUAUCUACAAUUUUGUCUCUCUUUUGGCAGGACCUGAUGUUUUGUCUGAUGGAAACAUUAUGUAGCUUAGUUGCCUAUUCCCAGAUUUUCCUGGGAACAGAGAUGAUGUGUUGUACGUAUUUGCAAUUGUAGUCCUGAUAGGUAGUGAUGUAAUAAGCACUUAGAGGGAACAUUGUUUUCUUGCUCUAAGAAAUUCAGGUGUUAGAUUGUUUUCCAAUUUAGAAACAUCUGAAAGUAGUAAGGGCAGCAGGAGAUCUUAUUUUUAAUUUUCUGCCCGUCAUGUAUCAAAAAAAAUAUUGAGCAAUUAAAAGGCUUUGUUCGACACAUGUCCUCAGUGCAUGCAGAAUGUAAUUCACUUUGCUGCUUUUAUGUCUUCAUUAGUGUUUGUAUGGGAUCAUUGUAUUGAUACGUA